GAGUGAGAGAGAGAGAGGAGAUUCAACAGCCAUCACGCAAAGAGCACACACACAACACACAAAGAGGAAGGCGGAGUAGUUACGUGUUUAUAUAUAUAGAGAGAAGAGUCUGGCAUAAUCACUCCACACUGAACUGCACAGGGUGAGGAAGAGACAGAGAGAGAGACAGAGGAGACACACACACAAGUGUGCGCAUGCACGGGUGCAAGACACCACACAGCCAAAGCAACAUUUUGGUUCGUCUCGGGAGACAAAAGUGAGGGCGGGUACAUAGUUAGCGAGCACCUAUUACUGAAAGGCCCCCCGCCUUGGAACUUUACUCGUUGAUUGGACUUUGGUGCCACGGAUGCUUAGAGGAAGAAGACAACUCGCGGGGGGGGGGGGGGCAUGUGGAUGAUGAUUGAUGCUGGACUCUGGCUAGGAGCAGUAAGUUGUUGAUUCUUCGCCUCCGUAGACCGCAGAGAGAUGCGAUUCUCGCUUUGUCGGUAAACGCACGACGCGGUGACGGUGGCGGAUUACUCGUGGGAGAUGGCACAACCGUGGAGAUACAUUUGACACGAGAGCCGGGGACACCGGCGCGGCGCUGCCAUGGACGAUGGCGCUCGCCCCACCGCCGCCGCUCCCGCUGCUCGCCCGACCUUCGGCAGAGCCGCCGCGUACUCCACGCAGCAACCGCAGCAGCAGCAGCAGCAGCGGGAGUCCACCGCUACCCCCGGAGCCGCCCACCCCCCCGCGGCCUCCACCGCUGGCGGUCCGCUGCUUCCACCACCACCACCACCACCACCACCCCCCUCCUCCUCCUCCACCGCCUUCGUCCACAUCUACGACGCGGGAGCGAGCGGCAGGGACCCGGCGGGGAGGGCCGCGCCGAACCGCGCCACCUCCACGGCCACCCCCGGUGGUGGAGCCGCCGGUGGUGACGGCGGCGAUGGCGGCGGCGGCGACGACGGCGGCGAUGGUUUGGAGGCCGGGAAGAGCUCGGCCACGGAGGGCCUCCCCUACCCGCUGCUGGCUCCCAUCGCCUUCUACGUCCUGCGGCAGAGCACACGGCCUCGCUGCUGGUGCCUCAAGGUAGUGUGCAACCCGUGGUUCGAGCGCCUCAGCAUGCUCAUCAUCCUGCUCAACUGCGUCACCCUCGGCAUGUUUCAGCCCUGCGAGGACAUCGACUGCUCCAGCGACCGCUGCAAGAUCCUCAAGAGGUUCGAUGACUUCAUCUUCGCCUUCUUCGCGGUGGAGAUGGUCAUCAAGAUGCUGGCGCUCGGCGUGUUCGGGAAGCAGUGCUACCUGGGCGAUACGUGGAACCGCCUCGACCUCUUCAUCGUCGUGGCCGGGAUGUUGGAGUACUCCCUGGACAUGCAGAACGUGAGCCUGUCCGCGAUCCGGACGGUGCGUGUGCUCAGGCCGCUACGCGCCAUCAACCGCGUCCCCAGCAUGCGCAUCCUGGUGACGCUGCUGCUCGACACGCUGCCCAUGCUGGGCAACGUGCUGCUCCUCUGCUUCUUCGUCUUCUUCAUCUUCGGCAUCAUCGGCGUGCAGCUGUGGGCCGGCCUGCUCCGCAACCGCUGCUUCCUGGCCAACAACUUCACCGAGAUGUUCAACAUGACCUACGACCCGUACUUCAUCCCGGACGAUGGGGACGAGUCGCCCUUCCUCUGCUCCCUCAACUCCGACAACGGCAUGCAGCGCUGCGCCGACAUCGAGCCGAGCCUCUCCCCGGACGGCGCCGUCUGCUCGCUGCCGGCGCUCCUCUUCCUGCAGCAGCAGCAGCGCGACGGGGAAGCGGCUGGGGCAGUGGCCGCGAUGGAGCAAGGCGGACAGCGGCAUCACAACCACCACCACCACCACCCGCCGCACCACGGCCACUUCCACAACUACGACGGCGGAGGGGCGGACGGGAUGCAGGAGGCGUUCCGGGACCUGCCGCGCAGCAACAGCUGCGUCAACUGGAACCAGUUCUAUUCACGGUGCGGCCCCGCGCAGCGGAACCCCUUCCGCGGGGCCAUCAACUUCGACAACAUCGGAUACGCCUGGAUCGCCAUCUUCCAGGUGAUCACGCUGGAAGGCUGGGUGGACAUCAUGUACUACGUCAUGGACGUUCACUCCUUCUACAACUUCAUUUACUUCAUUCUGCUCAUCAUCGUCGGCUCCUUCUUCAUGAUCAACCUGUGCCUGGUGGUGAUCGCCACGCAGUUCUCCGAGACCAAGCAACGCGAGUGCCAGCUGAUGCGCGAGCAGCGCGCCCGCUUCCUUUCCAACGACAGCACCCUCGCCAGCUUCUCGGAGCCGGGCAGCUGCUACGAGGAGCUGCUCAAGUACGUGGGCCACGUGUACCGCAAGGCGGCUCGCCAGGUCCGCCGCGCCUACCGCGAGUGGCGCCGCCGCCGGAGACGCAGGAGGAGUUUCGGCGGCGGCGGCGUCGCGAACGCCGGGAGCGUCUGCGCCGGAGGGGAGUACGGCACCGGCGCGGAGUACGCCGGAGGGUUUUGCUCGGCGGCGUGGGACCGGCGGCGGGGGAGGGCCGACGGCGGCGGCGCGGCCGGGGCCACCGCCGUGGCGUUCGGCCGGAGGCGGCAGAGGCCGGCGAAGGAGUCGGCGGAGAGGAAGAGGAGGCGGCGGCGGAAGAGGAUGCGCUCGAUCCACCACCUGAUCCAUCACCACCACCACCAUCACCACCACCACUACCACCUCGGCUCCGAGCAGCAGCGGCAGAAGACGGAUAAGCUCGUCGUGUUUGACAGCGGCGUCGGCGGCGGCGGAAACGCCAACGGGAGUUCCCGGCUACUCGGGAGCGAGUUAGGAAAUUUGCGCCAAGCGUGCGGCGAAUGCGGCGGCUCCAGCGGCGGCGGCAGCAGCAGCGGCGGAAGCAACGACGGCGGUGGUAGCGGUGGUAGCGGUGGUGGCGGUGGCGGCGGCGGCGGUAGCGGGGGCGGUUCGGCGCGUCCCUCCAACAGCCUCAUGCUGCCGGUAGGCCCGAGCCUGCAGCAGGCCUCGAGUUCGGAGUCAGUGCACAGCGUCUACCACGCGGACUGCCACCUCGACGCGCUGCCUCUCCGCCACUCGCCGGUGGCGGCCUCCCCACGCACCGAGUCGCUCCGCUCGGUGGCGCGGAUGAGCGCCGCGGCCGCCGCCGCGGCCGCCGCGGCCGUGGCUCAGGUCCAGGGAGGAGGCCCCCCCGGCGGAGAGGCGCCGGCGGCGGCGGGGGGCGUCGGGGCGUGUCACGCGGUGGCGGCGGUGUCUGACGGAGGGAAGGAGAAGAGGGUUCAGUCGGCGCCGCCGCCGAUGGAUCCGUACACGAAGCUCCAGCACUUUGUGGGAGCUCGCAGCUCGUGCUGCGGAGGGGGGGCGCCCCCCCUUUCGGUGUCGUUUUCCGCAGGGGCGGCGCGUGGCGACGUGCUGCCCUGCAAGCUGGAGAAGUGCUCGCUGUGCGCGGAGGCCGUGUCGGCCAUGCGGCGGCACGCCCAGCGGGACUACGACGACGAUGACGACGAUGACGAUGACGACGACGACGACGACGACGAUGACGAUGACGACGAUGACGACGAUGACUUGUGUUCCGAUUCGGAAAACGACGAGAAUGAGAAUUGCGAAGGAUAUAAUUCGGAUGCGGAUCGAGACCGGCAAGAAGAAGAGGAGGAGGAGGACGAGGCCCAUGUCGCCGCACGCGGCGGCGCCGGCGUAGGCGCGGGCGAGUGCGUGUACGAGUUCACGCGCGACGUCGUGCACUCGCGCCCGCACCACGCCGGCUGGAGCUUGGGGCGCUGCGGCGAUCGCUCGGCGUGGGACGCGGCGGCGGCCGCGGCGGCAUCGGCGGCGGCGUCGGCCGCGGCGAGACGGCAGCGGGCGCAGCUGACGCAGCAGCAGCAGCAGCAGCAAAGGAGGAAGCGGAGGAGGAAGAGGAGGAGGCGAGGGAGAGGCGAGGAGGAGGAUGAGGAGGAGGGCGAGGGCGGUGCCUGCCGGCGCUGCCUGCGUGCCCUCGCGCACUGCCUCCGCAAGAUCGUCGACAGCAAGUACUUCAACCGGGGCAUCAUGGUGGCCAUCCUCAUCAACACGCUCAGCAUGGGCAUCGAGUACCACGAGCAGCCAGACGAGCUGACGAGCGCACUGGAGAUCAGCAACAUCGUCUUCACGAGCCUCUUCGCACUGGAGAUGGUCCUCAAGCUCCUGGCGUUCGGUCCACUGGGGUACAUCAAGAACCCCUACAACAUAUUCGACGGCGUCAUUGUCAUCAUCAGCGUGUGGGAGAUCGUGGGCCAGUCAGACGGGGGGCUGUCGGUGCUGCGUACGUUCCGCUUGCUGCGGGUGCUCAAGCUGGUGCGCUUCAUGCCCGCGCUCCGGCGCCAGCUCGUGGUGCUCAUCAAGACGAUGGACAACGUCGCCACCUUCUGCAUGCUGCUCAUGCUGUUCAUCUUCAUCUUCAGCAUCCUGGGCAUGCACCUGUUUGGGUGCAAGUUCAGCCGCCACCUCGACAACGGAGACACCGUCCCAGACCGCAAGAACUUUGACUCCCUCCUGUGGGCCAUCGUCACCGUCUUCCAGAUCCUCACGCAGGAAGACUGGAACGUGGUGCUCUACAACGGCAUGGCCUCCACGUCGCCCUGGGCCGCGCUCUACUUCAUCGCCCUCAUGACCUUCGGGAACUACGUCCUCUUCAACCUCCUCGUCGCCAUCCUCGUGGAGGGCUUCCAGGCUGAGAAACACAAAUCACGGACCUGUGCGGAGGGCGACACGAACCGCUCCGAGUCAAGCUUCGGGAAGGGCUCCGUGAGCUUCGACGACGACCUGGGGAAGAAGUCGGAGUUCCCCAUGAUGACAAUCGUGACGCCCAACGGGCACGUGGAUUCCAAGUGCAGCCUGGGCCCGCCGAUAAUCACCCACACGGCCGCCACCCCGAUGCCGACGCCCAAGGGCUCGCCGCAUGCCGACGGCCCCGUGUCGCGGCACGGCAGCGCGGCCUCCAUCGGGCCGCCCGUCCACAGCGCCAACCCCGACCAGAAGUCUCUGGUCAGUAGCUUUAGCGCCGGCAGCUGGAGCAGCCGCCGCUCGAGCUGGAACAGCCUGGGCCGCGCAUCGAGCCUCAUCCGGCGCGGUGGCGGCAACGACGCCAACGGCGGCGAGCGCGAGUCUCUGCUCUCCUCGUCGCGCUGCGGAGCGGGGGGAGGUGGGGGAGGGGGGGCAGCGGCGGCCGCCGUCACCGGACACAACUCGGCCGCCGGUAGCGGUUGGGGUUCAGGCUCCGACGACGACGGCGGCGACGACGGCGGCGGGGAAGAGAGGGGGGGCGGUGGCGGCUCGACGACGAUGAUGGUGGGGGAUGUAGAGAAGCAGCAGAAUCAUCGCCACCACCACCACCACGGUCAUCAGCGCCACCACCACCAGCAGCAGCAGCAGCUUCACCACCAGCAGCGGAGCGCAAGCGUCUGCAAGGAAGCGCCGCGCAGCCGUCGCAGUGCGUCGCUCUGCACGUCGCCCGACACGCCCUUUGACCCCGAGCCCAUGGUGCUGGUGGUGCCCUCGCUUAGCCUGCCGGCGGGGGAUGGACCGGCGGGGGCGGCGGUGGGGCGCCACGCUCGCAGGGACAGCGCCUGCAACGGGAGGGCGGCGAGGGGUGCGGACGGGAAAAGGGCCGAAGAGGAGGAAGAGGAAGAUGAAGAGGAGUACUCGGAUGAAAGCUGUCUGAGUCGGAUGAGGAAACGCCUGCAGCCUCUGAAGCCGAGGUUCUGUGCGGAGCGCGAGGACUGGUCGCUCUACCUGUUCGCUCCACGCAACAGGUUUCGAAUGCUCUGCCAGAAGAUCAUCUCCCACAAGCUGUUCGACCACAGCAUCCUCGCCAUCAUCUUCCUCAACUGCAUCACCAUCGCGCUGGAGAGGCCAGACAUCCAGGAUCGAAGCAUGGAGAGGCUACUGCUCUCCAUCUCCAACAACGUCUUCACCGUCAUCUUCACGCUGGAGAUGACCGUCAAGGUGGUGGCCCUGGGCCUGUUCCAGGGUGAGAGAGCCUACCUGCAGACCAGCUGGAACAUCCUGGACGGCGUGCUGGUCCUAGUCUCCAUCGUGGACCUCCUGGUGGCCCAUGUGGGAGGCCCCAAGAUCCUGGGCAUCCUCCGGGUCCUCCGCCUCCUCCGGACGCUCCGCCCGCUCAGGGUAAUUAGCCGAGCCCCGGGUCUCAAGCUCGUCGUGGAGACGCUCAUCUCAUCGCUCAAGCCCAUCGGCAACAUCGUCCUCAUCUGCUGCGCCUUCUUCAUCAUCUUCGGCAUCCUCGGCGUCCAGCUCUUCAAGGGGAAGUUCUACUACUGCGAGGCGCCCGAGGCCCUGCGGGUGGCGAACCGCUCCGACUGCGAGGCGCACCAGCUCAAGUGGAUGCGAUACAAAUACAACUUCGACAACCUGGGCCAGGCGCUCAUGUCGCUGUUCGUGAUGGCGUCGCGCGACGGCUGGGUGGACAUCAUGUACAACGGCCUCGACUCCGUGGGGGUCAACCAGCAGCCCAGGCAGAACCACAACCCCUGGAUGCUCCUCUACUUCAUCUCGUUCCUGCUCAUCGUCGGCUUCUUCGUGCUCAACAUGUUCGUCGGCGUGGUGGUGGAGAACUUCCACAAGUGCCGGCAGCAGCAGGAGGAAGAGGAGACCAAGCGGAGGGAGGACAGGCGGCAGCAGCGGCUCGAGAAGAAAAGGCGCAUGUCGCUGUUUGCAGCCGAACAAAGCCAGAUGCUUGUGAGAAUUAUGGCAAAUAAGUAUCUGAGCAAAGAGGCCCAGCGCCAGCCGUACUGGGCCAGCUACUCACGCCCGCGUCUGCUCAUCCACAAGAUGUGCACCGCCCACUACCUGGACCUCUUCAUCUCCAUCAUCAUCGGCCUCAACGUCGUCACCAUGUCCAUCGAGCACUACGCACAGCCCAAGGCUCUGGACCGGGCCCUCAAGUACUGCAACUACGUCUUCACCGUCGUCUUCGUGCUCGAGGCCGUGCUCAAGCUCAUCGCCCUCGGCUUUCGGCGGUUUUUCAAGGAGAGGUGGAACCAGCUGGACGUGGCCAUCGUCCUUCUGUCCAUCAUGGGCAUCACGCUGGAGGAGAUUGAGAUCAACGCCUCGCUGCCCAUCAACCCGACCAUCAUCCGCAUCAUGAGGGUGCUGCGCAUCGCCCGGGUGCUCAAGCUGCUGAAGAUGGCGACGGGAAUGCGAGCGCUGCUCGACACCGUCAUGCAAGCCCUGCCGCAGGUGGGGAACCUGGGCCUGCUCUUCAUGCUGCUCUUCUUCAUCUACGCGGCGCUGGGAGUGGAGCUCUUCGGGAGCCUGGAGUGCAUCAAGCACGCGUGCGAGGGCCUGGGGAGGCACGCGACCUUCAAGAACUUUGGGAUGGCCUUCCUGACGCUCUUCCGUGUCUCCACGGGCGACAACUGGAAUGGGAUCAUGAAGGACACGCUGCGGGAGUGCGCGCCGGAGGAGGACGGCGGUCAGGAGGGCGGCGGCGGCGGCGAGAGCUGCUGCUGCCACAACACGCUCGUGUCGCCGCUCUACUUCGUCACGUUCGUGCUCGCCGCCCAGUUCGUGCUCGUCAACGUCGUGGUGGCCGUCCUCAUGAAGCACCUGGAGGAGAGCAACAAGGAGGCGCGCGAGGACGCCGAGCUCGACGCGCAGGUGGAGAUGGAGAUGGAAUGGGCGCGCUACGGCGGAGACGGAGCCGAGUCCGGCGGCAUCGGUCGCGAUUCCGAGAGCGGGCGCUCGUUCGAGAGGUGCAGCCUGCGCCAGGACUCCCCGCUGCAGCGCCACCACACGCUGGAGAAAAUGGGCUUCGACAAUGUCUCGCUCAUCGUCCAGGACUCGAUGGAGGCGGAGCUGCUGAUGAUGGACAACAUCUCGGGCUCCGUGUUCCACCACUACGCGACUCCGGUGCCCGAGAAGCGCGCCAACCACAAGCACGAGAUCCCCUUUGCGGAGAUGGAGGCCAUGUCUGUGACGUCGGAUAAACUCUCCGAGAAGUCCUGGUCGCUCCCGCUCACUGACGACUCCUACCCAGACGUGGGGGGCACACGCACACCCCAGCCCGAGGGCUGCUGCGCGGAGGACGCCUCCUCCCCCUGCCCGGAAGCGGGCGACGCCGAAGGCGGCGGCCACCUGCUCUCCGUGCGGAAAGUGAGCAUCGGGCGCACCCACUCGCUCCCCAACGACAGCUACAUGUUCCGACCCGUCGACUCCGUCGCCGGCCCGCCACUGCCGCCCGAUGCAGGGGGGGCGGCGGUCUUCGAGCCGACGACACCAGCAGCAGCAGCAGGCCCGAGGCUGCCGACUCAGCAGUCGCAGGCGGAGGCGGCCUCCUGCACCUUCCUCCAGCUGCCCCCUCCUCCGCCCUUCGCCGCCUUUCCCGCGCCGGCGCACGCGCAGGCGGCGGCGGGCGUGCCCCGGCUGCCCCCGCCGGCGCCCCCUCGCUCCCCCAGCUCCCAGAGGCUCCUGCGAAGACAGGCCGCGGUCCGAAUGGACUCCAUAGACGCCCCGACACUGGGCUCCAAAGACAGCCUCCUCUCCGCCACUCAAGACAGCCCUGUACACCACAUCCCUCAUCAGCAGCAGCAGCCACAACUGCCGCUGGCGCCGCCGCCGCCGCCACCGCCGCUCCCAUCUCUGCGGCCGCCACCCACCGUGCCGAGGCCUCUGCCCCGACGGGCCGGGAGCGGCGGCGGCGGCGGCGGCGGCGCUGCGGCUAACGGGGCGGGGGGGCGGCUGAGCCGGGAGGGCUCGGACCCCAACGACGAGGAGGUGAGGAGGAUCACGAGGGGCUCGGCGGCGUCGUCGGGCCGCGAGGUGAAGAAGUGCCACAGCGUGGACGACCGAGGGCUGCUCUCCGUGGCCGCGGCCGCGGCGGCCGCAGCAGCGGCGGCCGGGUCGAGUGCCGGGGCGGCGGGUUGCUGGUGGACGGACGACGCCAGGAGACACUCCAUUGAGAUCUGCCCCGAGAUGCAAACGCGAGCCGACCGUCGCGGUUCCCUGGCCCCCCUUGAGGGCAGACGCUCCCCGCGCCCCCCCCCACGCAAAGAAAAACUCAGCCCCCCCUGCAUCUCCGUCGAGCCUCCGCCGUCGGAAACCUGCGGCGGCGGUAACGGCCAGGGCGGCGGCAGGCGGCAGCCCUCCGGCCACCAUCGCCGGCUGCGCCACCACCCCUCGUCUCCGCCGACGCACCCCGUGCAGCGCCGAGUCGUCGCAAGACGGCGGCGGAGCCUCCGAGGAGUCCUGUAGGCCGCCGCCGCCCUCCUGCGCGCUGCUCCUGCCGCCGCCGGCGACGCCGCCGCCGCCGUCGUCGUCGGCGUCGUCGUCGUUCGGUUCCAAUUCUUCGUCGUCGUCGUCGUCGUCUUCGUCGUCGCCGUCGCCGUUUUUCUUGGCCGUGCCGUGGUCCGAGAGCUCCCCGCGGCCUCCGGCGCAGGCUCCGGCCCAGGCCACGCCGAGGCCGCCCCUGCCCCCUCUCCCGGCGCCGCCGUUGCUGCCGCCGCCCCACAAGAGGCAGAAGCGGGGCGGGGCAGAGCGGCGGCCCGACGGAGCUGUCUCGCGACGACGCCGCACCGAGGGACGCGCCGCCCGCCGCCGCCGGCGCCAAGCACGGCGACGUGGCGCAGCAGCCGCUGCUGCUGCUGCCGCCGCCGCAGCCGCUGCUGCCGUCUCCGGCGGCGACGGCCUGCCCGCACGGGCGAAUGCGGUCGCCGCUGAUGAAGCAGAGGACGUUGGCGAAGCAGGACGAGCAGUAGGGACAAGACGCCUCGGACCUCGGGGGCGGCAGUACCGCGGGCCGGCGUCGACUUUGCCGGAGACGCGCGAGCGAGUGCGAGCGAGCGAUCUGGUGCCGUCGAGGUUUUGUGUUGGGGGGUCCUGGCCGGUUGGGUGGGUGGAUUGCCGCGCCUCUCUGAGCGAGCUCACGCCGUCUGCGCCGUAGCC